UCAUCGCAACUCGCGCCAACAGCCAGAUGAUCUUCGACGCGCGAGACAAUCGCGCGGCACACGCGUUACCAACAUAACCAAGUAGCGGACGGACAAGUGCCUCGACGUAGUUUUUUUUUUAACAAAAAGUGUACAGUGUUAUUCACGGGUUUUGAAAACACAGAAACUAUGAGAAGGUGAUAUAUUAUUGAAGUGCCAAUCGAGUGAAAAUAAAAAACUUAUUACAAUGAAGCGUUUACAAAAGUGUUGCUGCUGUGCCUCCACCAGGACCGGGACCAUUAUAACUGGUGUAUUAGGGAUUAUUCUAUCAAUUAUCACUAUUAUAACCAUCUGGGUCGCAAACAAACACAAUGUCUCAUACAGAACAUUCAUAUUCGCUGAGGACUUCGAUAAGAAACUCGCUGACAUGGAUAUUCCGAGAAUAAUAUUGACAGUGAAUUUGUGCUUCACCAUAUUGAUAUGCACACUUCUUAUCGUUGCAGUGUUAAAGCGUCGUUCAUGGUUGAUGCUGCCGUGGGUUGUGUUGGGUAUCGUGCUGGCCAUAGGGCUUCUUAUCAGCGUUCUCCACACCUCCAUAACCUACUACCUCGACGGGAUGGACCACGCACUCAUAGCCACAUGCAUACUCAUCGGCGGACUCAUAUACUUGUGCAUUUAUCUCUACUUGUGGGCAGUUGUCUUCAGUCAUUAUUUGGACGUUCGCGAUGAGGAAGAAAGGGGCAGAUACCGCAAAGCCCCCUACAAACGAUAAACAUAUAUUGGAGCACGUAAUAUGUUAUUACGAUUAAAUUUAUUACGUAUUCUUUCAUAUAUAUGUGUAAUAUAGUCGAAGUAACUGUAUCUGAAUUAUAAAUAGUAAUACCCUUAACAUUUUAAGGUUACAUUUAAUUUUAUUCAGAACUUCUAUUGUUUAUACUUUUUCGUUUUUUUGUAAAAAAGAUAUUCAAUAUCAAAGACUGGAAAAUAUUCCCAGAGGGGAAAAUCACUACAUUAUAAUACAUAUAUCGAUAUAUUGAUAAGGCAAUAAAAAGAUAUUUGAAAAGUAAAAAAAAUAUUUUAAUAUUAGCUAUGAAUUAAUUAAAAUAAUAUCUAUUUUUAUACUUCAAAGGAUGGAUACAUAAACAUACAUACCUGCUUCCCAGAAUGUGUCAAGUUUUAAAAAAAACUACAGACACAAAUAAAGCUGAAAAAAAUAUCUACAAAAAAAAAUAAGACGUUUUUGAAAAAAAUAACUUUAACAAUGUACAAAAUAAAAUAUUUAUUGUUAUUAUUAUAAAUGCAUGCUUUAAUAUAAUAAAAAAUAUAAUGUUAAUGUUUUUUUUUUAGUUUAUUAACUGGUGUCUAGCUUUAAGUUACCAGAUAAUUCUUUUAUUAAUUUAUUUAAUUAAAACAUUUUGUAUGUAGAGAACUUUAUGCAACAUUAAGUACAAGUAAUAAAUGCAUUUGGUGUAA